AUGAUGGCUUUGACCAAAGCUUCGGACACGCUGUUGAAGCAGAUGCUGGCGGGGCUAAAGGAGACGGAAGAGGAAGUGGAGGACGGGCGCCUGACGCUCACCGCGGACCCCUUGCCCGGACGAAGGUUGUACGGGCUCUACCUGGAGCGGUCUCUGAAGGGCGAGGCGCCUGCUUCCGAUCCAGAUCAGUUCGCCAGCAUUCUUGAGCUUUCGGAGGAAGAUGCGGAAGCCGCCAGAGUCGAGACUUGUCAGCCGCGGCUCCGUGAAAUGUACUUGAGCUGUAUCAAGAAAGCCCAGGAUGAGAAGAGCAAGUUGGCGGAGAUGAAGCCUGAUCUGAGCGAUGAGAUGGCCAAGUUCCGCUUGCCGCUCAGCGCGGUGGAGGAAACGGCAAUGGAGGUCUACAAGUCCUGCCUGGAGAAAGUGAGUGGUCGGGUCUUGAAGUCCGUGCAGAAGGAAGAGCUAGAUGCCGUUCGAGGCAGGUGUUCCAUUCGUAGACAUAGCAUAGCGGCCGGCCCAGAUUUCAUGGAGCUCGAGAUGAGCAGCGUGCGGCGACUGCACCUGAAGGCCCUUUGCCCUUUCUCAUCUCCAGGUGAUGCGUUCAUUCCACUGCAAAAUAAAGCCGACACGUAG